AGUUGUGGGUACCAACUACCAAGCACAUGUCAUUCUGGUAAAAAUUCAAAAUUUUCUUCAUACAGUUUGAUUAGUCUUCUUGCCGGAAUCCAGUCGAAGCAGAGGCCAGCAAGUUCAAGAGUAUGGAUUCUCCUUGCAUUUACAAAGACCCAAAUGCACCAGUAGAAGCUCGUGUCAAAGACCUCCUUUCAAGAAUGACUUUGAAAGAGAAGGUUGCCCAGAUGACUCAAAUAGAGCGCCGCUUUGCCUCUCCUUACUACCUCAAAGACCUCGCCGUUGGGAGUGUUCUUAAUGUUGGAGGAAGUGGACCCUUUGAGAAUGCUUUGUCGUCUGAUUGGGCGGAUAUGGUUGAUGGGUUUCAGAAGCUGGCACUUGAUUCCCGGUUAGGUAUACCAAUUAUAUAUGGGAUCGAUGCUGUCCAUGGUAACAAUGGUGUCUAUGGUACCACUAUAUUUCCUCAUAAUGUUGGCCUUGGAGCUACUAGGGAUUCAGAUUUGGUAAGAAGGAUUGGUGUUGCAACAGCUCUUGAAGUUAGGGCAAGUGGAAUUCAUUAUACUUUUGCUCCUUGUGUGGCUGUAAGUUGUUGCCUAAUUGUUGGUUAUCCUUUUAAGUUUUGUAGUUUUGGCGGUUCUAGCAGGGGGGGGGGGGAAAGCAAGGCGAACCCAACCCAUAGACAGAUACCUGCAUUAGAUACCCAUACUGGAGCUCAAAUGCAUAGAGAAUUAGCACGCGAAGCAGUUCGGAAGUCAUUGGUUCUCCUGAAAAAUGGGAAGGACCCAAAGAAAACUUUUCUUCCAUUAGACAAAAAUGCUAAAAAGAUUCUUGUUACUGGAACACAUGCUGAUGAUCUUGGAUAUCAGUGCGGUGGCUGGACUAUAACUUGGGAUGGAUUAAGCGGCAGGAUUACUAUUGGGACAACAAUCUUGGAUGCCAUUAAAAGGGCAGUGGGAGAGACAGCAGAAGUUGUAUAUGAGAAAUAUCCAUCACCAGAAACCUUAGCAUGCCAAGAUUUUUCGUAUGCCAUUGUAGCUGUUGGUGAAGGUCCAUAUGCAGAAUUCACUGGUGACAAUUCAGAGCUUGUGAUCCCCUUCGAUGGAACUGAUGUGAUUAGUUCAGUUGCAGAUAGAAUCCCCACCCUGGCAAUUCUGAUAUCCGGAAGACCUCUAGUUCUAGAGGCAUGGCUCUUAGAAAAGAUAGAUGCUUUUGUUGCUGCUUGGUUGCCUGGAACUGAAGGGUCAGGAAUUACAGAUGUUAUAUUUGGAGAUUAUGAAUUUAAGGGCCGAUUGCCAGUGACAUGGUUUAAGAAGGUUGAACAGCUACCUAUGAAUAGUAGAGAUAAUUCAUAUGAUCCUUUAUUUCCCUUUGGUUUUGGUUUGACAUACAAUGGAGAGAAAUCUUUGGACUAAUUCAUCUGAAGAUCAAGGCUGGCCCUAGGUCCAAGUUUCCUGAAUAAAUUAUGGAUGCAAGUGGAUUUUCCAUGAAUAAGUGCCUGCCUUGAUACUUGUGUUUUCGUGUGUCAUACUCCAAAAGUAUGUAUUUAUUUCACUGUGAUCCACAUCUGUUGGUGAUAUUCGUAUCAACUGUGUAUUAGAGGCGGUACUUCUUCCAUUUCCAAGUUGUUUCAUGGUUAGUUGAAAAGGGAUAAUCAUCAUGGUAGUUGGGUAAGGAUUAUCAAGGUGGCAAAAAUCAGUUGUGCUUGUGAGAUGUGCGUGUAGAUGCAAAGGAUCACAUCAGUACAGAAGGUUUACAUCUAUCAAUAAAAAAGUUCAGAAGACAGAGAAUUGUAGUAUCAGAUUCCAACCAGUAUUAUUGAUCAUGGUAUGCCCCUUUUAUUAUACCAUUUACUCAAAGAUGCCCCAAUUUGUGGUAGUGUAAUCUAUUUCUUUCUACUCAAAGGCGUAUAAAAUUUUUAUGAUUGUACUAUUUUUGUUGUUGAGAUUAAUGUAUGCUUUCACAUUGUUCUUUUUCUUC